CCAGCUGUCCUAGUUCGCUUCUUCUUUGUUAUCGCCCCCUACUGCCACACGCUUCACCCUUCGCGCCCCCUCGCCGUCUCUCUCUCCCGACGCGGCUCAGCCUCACCCUCCCCCAAUGGAUCAGCAGCCAACCAUGGCCGCUGAGGCGCCGGAAGACGGCCGGGAUGUCUCCGACGAAGCCCGUCUUGAGGAAGCCAUGCAGCGACUAAAGCUCCUCCACAUCAAGGCCCGAUUGCUACGGGAGACCAUUCCAAAGAUGAUUGACCCGCUCAUCCAGAAGCAACCCUCACCCGACAUCAUGUUUGCCGCCUUCAUGAAGGCUGUCAACGAUGCACAGGCCGACGUCAAGGAGUUUACCGAGUUGAUGCGCGAUGAUAUCACCAAGGACGUGUUUGACCAAGCCGCCAAGAGCCGGGAAGCGAACCCGAUGGGCAUCACCCCGUGGCGGCAUAGGGACCACCCAGAUUGGUUCAGGAUGGACUCGAAGGCGUAGGUGUAUGAUAUGUGUGUGAAUUCGACUCACAGUGUUACGAUAGAACGAUUUACAAGCGAGGAUUGUAUUUUAACCGCUCCAGCCUUGUGAAGGGAUACCAAGGUGGGAUUGAGACUCGUGUACUUUAGCCAAUCAACU